CUCUCUCAUUGAUUGUUGCUCGGUGAAGAAGCAGGGUUGGGUCCUCGGAAUUUCAUACAGAGACAGUUUUCUCCAACUGCACCACGCAUUUCUUUAGCUAUUUCAGAUAAACAGGAUAUCGAGGCGCAUGCAGCGCUUAUUUUUUUAACGAGUAGCUAACUAGUAAGGGGGGGGGGUUGAACCAAUUUAAAGCAGGUGUCGGUGACCUAGCUAGCUCGUACAUUCAUUUUCGACGAAAGCAAAAAGAGUGCGAAUGACGAGAACGCAUUAACUACACUAGUUUUCAAUAGGUAACCUAACUAGGGAGUUUGCUCGCUGAAAUAUAACCAGACAUGGACGACAAGUCAUUCACUAAGGAAUUGGAUGGGUGGAUUGAGCAACUCGGCGAAUGCAAACAGCUCUCGGAAAAUCAAGUCAAAGCCCUUUGCGAGAAGGCCAAAGAGAUUCUGACGAAGGAGUCUAAUGUACAGGAGGUGAGAUGUCCGGUCACCGUGUGCGGAGAUGUCCACGGACAGUUCCAUGACUUGGUGGAGCUGUUUAAAAUCGGAGGGAAGUCUCCGGACACCAACUACCUCUUCAUGGGAGACUAUGUGGACAGGGGCUACUACUCUGUAGAGACAGUCAGCCUCCUAGUAUCUCUCAAGGUGAGGUACCGUGAGCGAAUCACAAUCCUCCGAGGGAACCACGAGAGCAGACAGAUCACCCAGGUGUACGGCUUCUACGACGAGUGUUUAAGAAAAUACGGAAACGCCAACGUCUGGAAGUACUUCACAGACUUAUUUGACUAUCUGCCCCUCACUGCCCUGGUAGAUAACCAGAUCUUCUGUCUCCACGGUGGACUGUCCCCCUCUAUAGACACACUGGAACACAUCAGAGCGUUGGAUCGCUUACAGGAAGUUCCUCAUGAGGGUCCGAUGUGUGACCUGCUGUGGUCAGACCCUGAUGACCGUGGCGGCUGGGGCAUCUCUCCCCGCGGUGCCGGCUACACCUUUGGACAGGACAUCUCAGAGACUUUCAACCAUGCUAACGGACUCACCCUGGUCUCCAGAGCUCACCAGCUGGUCAUGGAGGGUUAUAACUGGUGCCAUGACCGUAACGUAGUGACUAUCUUCAGUGCACCCAAUUACUGCUAUCGCUGUGGAAACCAGGCCGCCAUCAUGGAGCUGGAUGACACACUCAAGUACUCCUUCCUUCAGUUCGACCCCGCCCCUCGCAGAGGUGAACCCCAUGUGACCCGCCGCACUCCUGACUACUUCCUGUAAAAGAUCCCAAUGCCUGUGAAGUAUUGCUCUAGAUUCUUCUUAGUGAAGAUGCGGGAGAAGAUGCGGGAGAAGGGAGCAUCGGUGUAGAGUUGUGACAAAGUAAGCAUCCAUCAAUCCAUGGACCAAAAUGUGUGCCACAAUUUCACAAAAUGCAAAAUG